GCUGUAAACUACCUACCGUAGCUAUAAUGACACCAGCCCUCACAGAGGCAGCAACAAAAGGUCAUGGUAUCCACUUGUCACCUUCUUUGUCCUCUAGAGCUUUGGAUACAGCUUUGUACAUGGAAAAUUCCAGAGCAGUGGAAGAGAAGAUAAAAGAGGACUCAAUCGCACAGAUUACUUGCUCAGUCCUGGGGUUCCCCACUGCUGAUCCCAACCUCAGGAAUGACAUCUUCAAUGUGCAGCAUUUUGGUUCCCCACCAUCCUCUAAGCACUAUCAGUCUGUCUUACUAAUGAGUACAAAUUCUACUUUUAGCAGCAAACCCGGUAAGCUGGCAAAGGUGGGAGUGCCCGGCGGCUCCAGGAUGGGAAAGUCGUUACAUAAUGGUGCUAACACACCAUUGGGUCGGGUUAGUUAUUCACAACCUGAGCAACAGGUCAAAGGGGCAACUUUUUCAGAGACCACAUCUCUGAAUUUGGCAGAAACACAGCAACUUUGGGAUUCAAACGUAACCGAAUCUAGUAAUGCAGAAGAAAUACAACUUCUAAAUGGUAAAUGGUACAAGAAGAAUGGGGUCUUGGGUAGGCCUUUGGAAGUCUGUGCUGAAACAAUAAAAGGGGAUCUAUUACAUCAAAUUCUUCGUGGGCCUUCAGAUGGGAUUUUGAGCUGCACCCCGGAGGAGGUGUAUGCUCGCUUACUCCAGUGUGUCACUAAGCAACAAAUGGAAAUCAGUCGCGCCAAAAGAACUCAAAAGCAUUUACAAAUGCUCCUGGCCAAGCAUGUUAUCAAACACUGUGAUCAGCAGCUGAAAUGCUUCGUGAAACACCAGCUUCAGAGGAUGAAGGUUUUCCAUGAGCCAACCAGGUUUUUGAACAGUAGCUCCCUCAGGUGCACUGAAGGUUGGCCGGAAAACAACACAACUACUUUGGAGAGUAGUCCAAGUACGGACGUACAGAAUGGAGUUUGCGUUGUACCAUCUGAAGUCCAGGUAUGUGCUACCAGAGGGGUGCUGUCGCGUGUGCAGAGGGACCUGGACUCUGAUGCAACAUGCAGCAGCUCAGAUGAAGAUGGUGAGGACUGGGCUGUAAGAACAACUGUGGAAGCCAGCUAUACUUCUGAAUGGAAGUGGCUUGCAGACAGAGCUAGAAUUGGCAGCCGUUGGACCUGGCUUCAAGCCCAGAUUUCAGAACUAGAAUACAAAAUCCAACAACUAACUGACCUUCACAGACAGUUGCGUGCCACCAAGGGGAUGGCGUUCGUAAAAGAAUUCGCAUUUCCAAAUGACAUUUGGAUGAAGCAAAUGCAUUCGACAAACCAAGAAGCUUUUUUAAACACCGCAUGGAAUUCACAACUUACCGUUGAGAGACAGGAUUACUUGCCGGAGCCCAGCUUGGGAAUGCCACCCAACAGCCCUACCAUGCACCGAGAAGAAGCUGGAGGACAGAGCUCAGCAAUUGCUGAAGUCUUGAGGAGCUUAGCACCUCCACCCGAUAUGUCUCCAACUUCUUUAAAGAGAUACAUGAUGGAGGGCUUUGCCUUGAGGCGCUUGAUGAUGGGUCUUGACAACAUUGAGGAAAGAAGAAGAGACAGCACGAGACUAGGAUCUGUCUCCAUGACUAAUGCAUACUCAUGUGCCCGAACAAAGCCAACUGAUAGCUUCCAGAAGAGGAAACUCUACAGAAUGCACAGUGCACAGUGGAAUCAGCAGACAUAUCCCCUGCAAGGAUGUUCUUUUCCCUUUAAAACUCGGUUCCCACGUGUGGUGCCAGCCUCUGCUUGGAGCAGCAGUAGGCCCAGCACAGGAUCUAACAUCCUAGAAUAUGUGAAAGAGGUGGACUCUUCCUUCCAUCCAGUCUUAUCAUUCCCUUCAGAUGCUCCUCUUCACGUACACUUUGAAAUGUUAUUAAAGAAGGAUAACAUCGAAGGACAACCUGUUGAUACCUCAUCUUUGGGAGGGGAGUCUAAAGUAUCUCCACAGAAUGACUAUAAUCAACGUAAUGUUUCUGAUGAACAAUGGAGCAGUGGCUAUUUAUCUAAUUCCAAAUCUCAGUCAGUGUUGGAAACACCUGUCUGGAAACAGCUGUCAGGAGGAGGAAGGACACCAGUGUCAGGAACACCUGAGCAGCUGUUAGAAGGAGGAAAGAAACCAGUGUUGAGAACACCUGUGCAGCUGUCAGGAGGAAAGAAACCAGUGUUGGGAACACCUGUGCAGCUCUCGGCAGGAGGAAAUAAACCAGUGUUUGGAAUACCUGUGCAGCUGUUAGAAGGAGGAAAUAAACCAGUGUUUGGAACAACGGUGCAGCUGUUAGAAGGAGGAAAUAAACCAGUGUUUGGAACAACG